AAUCUCAAAAAUAAGAAGGGGAGGGACAGUAGGUUGGUUUGGUCGCAAAAUGCAGCAUUCAUUUGUACUUGCCUCCAGGACAAAAGUUUCCACCCUCCUUUGUAAUAUAUGCUCAGAUCACACUACAAAACUCUUGUUGCUGGAAGGAUUGGAACAAUUAGCUCCUCCUUGUUCUCUUUAGUAUCAGUUAGCAACAAGCCCAUCUUUGGACAGAAGGAGGGGGCCCAUCAGACUGCCUCACUCCUGUCUCCUAUUACCAGCCCUGCUGUUUACUUUAGCUGUAGUCCUGGCACUAAGCACAUGCUGCUUCCUAACAAUAGGACACGUCGUCGUCUAUUGGCCAGAGCAUCACAAGCGCAUGGAACUGUAACCCGAGCUGUUUCCAGCAACCUCUUCACUUUAGAACUCUGGGCAACACUUUAAAAAGAUUACUUUCUCCAUCAGUGAUAGCAGACCCGCAGCUGCCUCUUUGUGUUCGUUUCAUCCUCAGGAAGGAUCUUUCUUCAGAUCUAACAUGGGUAUCAAGCUGUCUGUCUUCAACAAUGAAGAGAACAGGGAUGCCAACUCCCAGGUCAUUCCUGCAGAAGAUCCUGAUCCCAACUUCACUUGUGCAGUCUGCCUGCAGGUGUUGGAUCAACCAGUGAGGACACGUUGCGGCCAUAUAUUUUGCUAUGUUUGUAUUAAAGCCAGCUUGCGGGCAAGCACAUAUUCAUGCCCAUACUGCCGGACUCAGCUUGUUUCAGAAGGAACACCUGCAGUUGAUAUAAUUAAGAAGAUGAAAACUGUAUUUCAAAACUGUGAGGAGUGUGACAAAAUGGUUUGCUUGAGUGACAUGAGAGCACAUUUAAAUAUAUGUGAGCCAUACAUAAUGAAAUACGGCCCCCUCGAGGAUAUCGAGAAAAAGCAAUACAAAGAUGAUGUGUAUCCAUGUCCGUUUUGUCACGUGGAGCUAGAUGUAGAUGGCCUUGUAGAACACUGCUUUACUAACCACGGCCGAGAAACCACACCAGUGGCGUGUCCGAUUUGUCACCUGAUGCCAGGAGGAGAUAUAAGCUACAGGAGGAGCUUUCUGAAGCAUCUCCAUAACAGGCACGCUACAUACUAUGAAAACUACAUAGAUAUAGAUGUAGUGGAGGACAUUGUUGUUGAAAGAGUCAUUGAUAUCUCUCUGAUACACUGGAUGAGGCCUUCACAAAGAACCUAAAGUGAUCCCAAGACCAACAAAAGAAGACUUUCAUUGGGUGCUAAUGUGUAUGCCAUUUUGGAUUUGGUGAUUCAUUACUUUGGACUAAACAUGACAUGUUGUUUUUUUGUUUUAGUUUUUAACGGAACCCUGCACAUUAAUAAGGCCUUUUACUCUGGGAUUGCUGGAGAAAAUAAUUACCACAUUAAUUUAAACACAUACAUAUAUAAAUAUGCACGUAUGUUUACAUAUGCAGGCAUAUAUAAACGUUUGUGUUUGUAUGUGGUUUAAAAUGCAUAUUUACAACACAAAGGAAAUGUGAAAUAUUGUUCUGCAAGCAUCUAAUCUCUAUUUGUGAGCCAAUGAUUGGUUUGCAUUGUGAACAUUUACUGAAAUUAUGAUCUUUCUAGUAUCCAGUCUUAAGAAUUAUGCAUUGCUGGUAUAUAUUUAAUGAACAGAAUUUUCUUAAUAACAGCUUAAAAUACUGUUAAACACCCCAUUAGCAUCACUAAAUACUGGGAAAAUCUAGAAAAAAGCAGUUGCACUGUUUGUUCUUUUUUGACGAAAGGUCUGUCACGAAUCUGCUUUACAAUGGUGGUGAUUAUGUAGAAAUCUCUGCCUGUUGUUUCUUGCAGAUGAGUCAGGUCAGUAGAAAUAUGAGCAAGCCCUUAGGAGCCGUAACAGAGGCCAGCUUUCCAGGGGCAAAAUUGAAAUGGAAGAAACGUGAUUUAAGAAAGGGAAAGGAAGAUGGUACGAAAUAUUGUAAUUUUUCUAACUCCCGCCAAAGGCAGUGUAUGAAGUUAAUGUUCAUUCUUUUAUUAAUGCCCUAUAGUAUGAUCAUUGACACAGGAACUUCUGUAUUGAAUCAGUAACAUGACUUGGUUGGAAAAGUCAAAGGUCACUGGCGAUCAAGUUGGCCUGGUUUGGCCUUUAACCCUGCCAUGAAAUUAUUUUUCUGAGCUGUUAAGGCAUUAGAGUAGUCUAACAGGAUUUAUGUACAAAUAUUUCACUGUUGUAUUGUCUUUCAUCUGGCUGUAAACGUUUCCCUAGCAAGCCUUUCAAGUCUAGCUCAACUUGAUGCUAUUUUUUUUUUUUAAAGGGGACAUUGAAAUAUUUUAAAGACCACAUAGAUGGAUUUUAUAAUGCAUUACAAUUCUGUUGAGUAGCUGUAGCAGCAAUAUGGCUUAUUUAAUUAGUAGAAUAGAGGUGUAAGCAUUGUGGCUUACAAAAGAACAAGGAGAUAUUUCAAAUAUUUUAUGGAAUCCAUGUUCAUUCAUGAAAUACACACAUUUAUAUGGUUUCAGAAGUAGAUAUAAGCAUUGCUUACAUUUUUUUAUACAUUUUGUCUUAUAAAAAAUAUGUUAAGUGGUGAUUUGGUUGAGGUUGGAAUUUUACCUUUGCUAUGCACAUCCACCCAACCUAACGCCAUGUCUAAACAUUAACAGUUUAGAAUUCCAUAGUGAUUGAACACUGCAAGUUGUACAUUGUAGCAAAAUGAAAGCUAAAUUGUAGCAAAACUGAAUUCUAAUACUUUAGCUUAAAAUGCGCAUGCUGUGACAAUAGUUGAGUUCAAAUCAAAUCAGGGAUUUUUGCCUAAAUGUUGCAGUUCAGUUUUUUAAGUCACUAUAAUUUGGUAUUUAGUGAAUAAUCCUGAAUUUGUAGUGUCAUGGUUAAAAGGGGAUAGUUUAGUUUUAUUAAGGGGUUUGGAAUGUUGAAGUUCAGGGUUAGGCAACUUUCGGCACUGCAGAUGUUGUGGACUACAUCUACCAAAAUACUCCUACAGACAUAAUGCUAGGAGAUCAUCAGCGGAGAUGUGGCCCACAACAUCUCGAGUGCCAAAGGUUGCCUAACCUUGUAGUUUGUCCUGUCUAACUGACCAAUGUAUAUGUUUUUCACACAUUUUCAGUUAACAGUUGCUUCCUCGUUAAUGGUUCUUAACAUAUCCUCUGUACAUUCUACAGUUUUGAAGUUAAUUAUCAGGAUCAGGAAGCUAUGGCCACUCACAGAUUUCUUUACUAAAGUGAGAAAUCAAAGUGAAUUCCAAAUUGAAGGUCAAAAUAGCCGAUCUGGAAAAUUCUCUGUCAGCCUUGCUUUCAGUUUGGCUACUCUGACCCUAAAGGAACACUUAUAGUGUUAGGAAAACAAACAUGUAUUCCUAACACUAUAGUGCUGGAGUUGCUGUUUAGGUGGCUGAACCCCCUCUAUGUGAAGUAAAAUGCUAUUUAAACGUACCUUUUCUCCAUUGCUGUAGCUUUCCAUGGUUGAAAUCAUCAGUCUUGAUGAUCUCAGCCUAUGCCUUCACAUAGGAAAGCAUUGGGAGGCUAUUGCGCAUGCGCGGCAAAGCAACACACUGCACCAGUAAGCACCAGUAAUUAAAUCAAUGCAUAUCUAUGGGGAGCGUUCAGAGUCUCCAUGCAGACAUUGAACGUACACUGUGCAGCACUGGACUAGGAAGCACCUCUGGCAGCCGUCUGAGUGACUGCCACUGGAAGUGUUACUAGGCAGCAAUGUAAACACUGCCUUGUCUCUAGCUGCAGGGACAUGCUAGAGAUCCCAGAAUCACUACAUUAAGCUGUUGUGGUUUUGGUGAAUAUAGUGUCCUUUUAAAAUGGGUAUUUUAUAAAAAGAUUUUUUUUUUUUUAAUUCAAAAUUCUUUUGAAAUAGACAUAUUGACUGUGUUGGAAUUUCACUGCCAUUUUUUGUGAAAACACACACGUCAACAAUAUUUGUUUUAAACUAAUGGAUGAUAAACAUUAGCUAAAGCUAGUUGGAUGGUGUUUUUAUAAUAAAGCAUUUACUCAUCCCUA